AUGAGUUUGAAACUGGGUGAUCAAUUUCCAAAUUUUAAAUUAAAAACAACCAUUGGUGAUAUUAAUCUACACGAAUGGAUGGGUGAUAAAUGGUGCCUAUUUUGUUCACACCCUGCUGAUUAUACACCGGUAUGUACCACAGAACUGAGUCGGGCAGCACAGCUCACACCCGAAUUCACUAAACGAAAUGUUAAAGUUAUUGGUUUAUCAUGCGAUUCUGUUGAAAAUCAUCAUGGUUGGAUCAAAGAUUUACAAUCUAUGAGCGGUUGUGAUAACAAAUGUGACUUUCCUUUUCCAAUAAUUGAUGAUUCCGAUCGUAAAUUGGCAAAAGAAUUAGGUAUGAUUGAUCCGGAUGAAUUUGAUAACAAAGGUUUACCAUUAACCGCCAGAGCAGUCUUCGUUAUUGGCCCAGACAAAAAACUAAAAGCAAGUCUUUUGUAUCCAGCUACAACAGGACGAAAUUUCACGUAUGAUCAGUAUCCUCAUUAUUUACUUAGUAUACUAGGAAAAUUUUGGUGA